AAAAGAGUCCUGACAUUUGAGGUUAAGGUCCUGAUUAAUGUAAACAUUGUCACUCGUUAGUUAAUUUUAUAAUAAUUUAUUAAUAAAUAAUGACUGCUGACCUGAUUGUUGAUCACGAAAUCCGAUUAUGGGUAUUUCUUCCUAUCGUCGUAAUCACUUUCUUAGUAGGAAUACUGAGACAUUACAUAUCUAUACUCCUUACCAGUCAGAAAAAAGUAGAGUUGCAACAGUUGAGAGAUAGUCAACUCAUUUUGAGAGCAAAACUUCUACGAGAAAAUGCGAAGUAUCUACCAAAGAACUCAUUUCUCAUGAGAAAAGGUGCAUUCAAUAAAGAGGAAGAGGGGUAUCUUACCCAGAAGAGACCCAAUAAUACCCAAAAUGUGAUGACAGACCCAUCUGUUAUGACUGAUAUGCUCAAAGGAAAUGUAACUAAUGUUUUGCCUAUGAUCAUAAUUGGUGGCUGGAUAAAUUGGAUGUUCUCUGGAUUCAUCACCACUAAAGUUCCAUUUCCCUUAACCUUGAGGUUUAAGUCUAUGCUCCAAAGAGGAAUUGAACUUUCUCAUUUAGAUGCUUCAUGGGUAUCGUCUGCAUCAUGGUACUUUUUAAAUGUGUUUGGCUUGAGGAGUAUAUACGCAUUAGUUCUUGGGGAAAAUAAUGCAGCUGAUCAGAGUAGGCAAAUGCAAGAACAAAUGUCUGGCGCAGCAACCAAUAUGCCUCAGGAUCCUAGGGUACCCUUCAAAGCUGAAUGGGAAGCUUUAGAGAUAUUGGAACAUCAAUGGGCUCUAGCAAAUAUAGAAAGCACCCUCCUUUGAGGAUGUUGUAGUGAAAAUUAUUUAAAUGUUUUAAUUUGUACAGCUCAUAUUUAUUGUGACUAAGAAAGUUGUUAAAUUGAUUUCUUGUGUACACAAUUGAUUAUAUUAUUUAAUGCAACCACAAAUGUAAUUGCUCUACAAGAUUCAUGUUCACUAUUGAUUAUUAAAAAUCAAAUGAAACUAUUG